AGGGAGCCGAGGCGGAGGCCCCAGAGACCGGCAGGCGGCGGCGCCGGGAAAAGAAGGGCACGACCCGGGGCCGGCGACCGCCACGCGGCAGGGCGCCGGCAGGCGGGCGCCCAGGGCGGAAAAGGCCCCACGGCGGCCGCCCGGAGGAGGCGGGGCCGGGCGCAGGCCCAGGGGGCGGAGCAGCCGCGCGGACCAGCGACGGAGCAGCGCCGGGGAAGCGAGGGCCGCACCAACGAGCGAAGCAGACGCGAGCCCCGCCGCGGGCGGAGGCCGCCGGGGGCGCCGCAGCCGACGGGGAGGAGCAGCCGGGCCAGCGGGGGGCCCCGCCCAAGGGCAGGGGCGGACGCGGGACGCACCCGGCCGCCACGGGAAACACCGGGGCCCGGGGGCCCGGCCGACGGGCAGGGGGAAGCAGGCCGCCAGCGGGCAGCCGGAGCCAGGAGCGAACGCGCCAGGAGAGGCAGAGGGCAGGACGGAGAGCGCCGGGGCGGAGACAAAGCGGAGGCGGAAGGGCGGGCAGGCCAAGGCAGAACGGGAGCCAGGCGCGGCAGAGGCGCCCGGAGGGCGCGCCCAGAAAGAGAGGCAGCCCGGCCCCCGCACGGCAAGCCCACGAGCCGCGGAGCCAGGCGCAGGGAACGACGGCGGGGGAGCAAAGCCAACGAGAAAAACGCACAGGGGGCGGAGGGAGAAGCAGGCGCGAACGGAGGACGGCCACCACGGCAAGGGGACACGCGACCGCGGAGGGAGAGCCCGGCCCCGCCCCAGCGAGAAAGAGAACGGACGAAGCCGAAGGCAAAGGGGCGAGAAACGCAACGCCACGAGGCGGGAACAACGGGGAGCCGGGCCGGCGGGCGCACGAGGACGGAGAGGAAAAGAAGGGGCAAAAGCGGAGGCAAGGGGCAACGGCCCCGAGCGGAAAGAGGAGGGACGACCGAGGCCGAAGGAACGGGAGGGACAGCGCGGGCCAGGCAAGAGGGCGGAGGCGGGGCCACGCCCCGGGGAGACCCCGAAAAAGGGACAAAGGCCGGGCGGAGGAACACAGACAAGAGGCGGCACGACAAAAAGGAGAAGGGGAACCCGACCAGGAACGACGGCAGGGAGGAAGGCAGAGGAAGAGAAAGACAGGGCCGACCGAGACAGAAGGGGAACGGGCGAGCCGCGGGCCGAGCAGGCAAAGAGGGACCGCCGGGGAAAGGAGGAGGCAGGCGGAGCGACAGGAGAGGCCAACGACAGGGCCAGAAGCCAGGGGGAGAGGGAAAGAGGGGGACCGCCGGGCGGCGCGCAGGGGACACGCCGCGGCCCGCCGAGCCCCGGGCGCCGCGGGCCACAGAGACAAAAGGGAGGACGGGGCCAACAGGGCAGCACGGAAGAAAGGACGCACGAAGGCGGGAGCACGAACGAAGACGAAGCGAAGAGAAGAGGCGAAGAGAGCGAAGAGAAGAGAAAAGACGAAGAGAAGAGAAAAGAACGGGCGGGCGGGAGACGGCCCCGGGGCCGGGCGACCGCGGGCGGACGCAAGCGAGCGGAGGAGAGAGAGAGCCCGGCAACAGAGGGCAGCGAAAGGAGCGCGGAGACCCACCAAAGGACGAAAGCCAGGAGCGGGCAGAAAACGGAGGCCGAGGCAAAGAGGGCAGAACCGCAGGGAGAAGCGCACACGAACCCGGCAAGGGGGGAGCCAAAGGAGAGAGGGGCCGGGGGAGGGAGCGGAAGGAGGGGAAGGGAAGAAGAGCGAGGCAGACAGAAGAAAAGGGCGCGAGGGAGGCAAACACGGGACCGAGGGGAGAGGGAGCGAGGAAGGGGAAAAACCGAAGAGGCACAGGGACGGGAGCAAGCGGAGGAGGCGGACCGGGCGGGAGCGGCCGGAGGCGGGAAGAAGGAGGGGCAAAGGGAGGAGCAAGAAAGAGCGGGGGCGGCGGAGAGAGAAGAGCGGGAGGGGAGCCGCAGAGGGGGGGAAAGAGAAGAAGCGGAGCCGGGGAGAAGAAGCAAAAAGGGACAGGGGGCAAGGGGAACAGGAAAACGGGACGAAAGGGGGCCGAGGGACGCGCGGGGCGGAGGGGAAGAAGGGGGGGAGGCGCGAACGCGGAAAAGGAGCCAAGGAAGGCGAAAGAAGGAACGAGGAGCCGGAGGAGGGGAAAAGCGCAGGGACGGGGCGGGAGAGGGCAGGAAGGGGACGGAGCGGGCAACGGGCCACGAGCACCCCAAAAAAACCAAACGCGGCCGGACGGAAAGGGCCAGAGGACGAGGAACCGCGGGAGGGGAAAGCACGGCGGAGAGACCCGGAGGGCCAGAAGGCACAAGAACAGGCGGGAGGCGGAGGAAGAGGGGGAAGGGGAAGGAGGACCCGGGGGGAGAGAGCACAGGGGCGAGGAACCCGAGAGGCGGGCGGAGGAAAGGAGCGGCAACAAGGGCGGCGAGGGCGGGGGAGAGGCGGAGCCAAGACGGGAGCAGGGAGGAGGCCAGGGGAAGCGCGAGAAACAGGGAAGGGGAGGGCGAACCCAAGAACGAAAGGGCGGAAGGGGACGGGAGCAGGCGACCAGGAGACAAAAGAGCGGCGGGCGAAAGAGAGGCGAGGCGGAACGCGGAGAGGGCCAAGGGGCAAGAGGGAAAGAAGGGCAGAGGGGGCCCGGACGGGGCCGGGGCAACAAACAAGGCGAAAGACCGCGACGGGGGAGAACAGGGCCGAGGCAAAGAGCAAGGAGGCGAAGCACGGCGGGACACGAGGCGGAAACCCAAGGACGCAAGCGGAGGAGAGGGAAAAGACAGGAGGCCAAGCCGAGCAGGAAAGGGAGGGAAACGGAGACGCAAGGGAAAGGGAGGAAACAGAAGGCCAGACGCGAGCGCAGAGAGACAGAGAGAAGGCGGCGGAAAGCCGGAGGCGAGGAAAGGCGGAGGACGGCGGGAGGGAGAGCGGGCAGAGCGGGCGAGAGCCACCCGACAAGAGGGGGAAAAAAGCCAAAAGAAGGGAGGGGAGCCCGGAGAAAAAGAAAACGGAGGCGGGAACCCCGGGCACGCGCAGGGCACGGCGAGGGACGGCAGAAAAAAAAACAGCAAAAGCCGAGCCAAGGAGCGGAAGCGAGAGGGAACAGGGGGGGAACCGGAGGCGGAAACACGGAAAAAAAGCAGGGCGGAGCAAAGGAGCGAGCGAGCCGGGAAAAAGAGGCAACAAAAGACAGAAACAAAGCCACGAGCCGGGGACGGCAAGCAAGACGGGGAGGAACGCCCGAGAGAACAGGAAAAGCAAGACGGGAGGGGGAGCGACGCAGCAAGGGCCCAGGGAAAGAGGAGCCACACAAGGAAAAGCACGGGCCAGGCGGGGGGAGGAGCGGCAGCCCGAAAACGGCCGGGGCGAAAGAGGGCGGGCAAAGGAAGGGCCGAAGGAGGGGAGGCGGCCAAAGGGAGGGGCGAGGCCAGACGCAAAAAGGAAGAGACGCAGAGAAGGGCAGAGGCAAAGAGAGCGGGGGCACAGGGGCGGAAGCCAGGAACAGGAGCGAGACAGCGCGAGCGGAAAAGAAGCAAGAGAAAAAGAAAGAAGCGGAAGGAGCGAGAGAGGGCGCGAAACAAACGAAAAGGAAACGAAAGAGGAAACAGAAAGCAGGGAGCAACGAAGCCCGCGCGGGGACGGCGAAAGAGGAACCGCAGGGAAAGACCAGGGAAGAAGGGGGAGCCGAGGCAGGGAGAGGCCGGAACGAGGCCAAAAAGGGAAAGGGCGACACAAGGGGGAGGGGGGGGGAAAGGGGAAGCAGGGACGAAGGCAGGAGCGGGCAGGGACAGAAGGAAAACGGCAGGCGCGAGGCGACGAGAAGGGGAGGAAAGCCGGCAGGGCGGCGCGGCGAGGGAAGGGGGAGGGCCCAGAAGGGAGCCGAAGGGGGGCCGAAGGCGGCGGCGGAGGAGCGAGGCAACCGCGGAGCAAAAAGAGAGACCGGGGGAGAGGGCAGCGCGGCAACAAGGGGAGGAAGGAGCAGAACGGCCCGAGGGGCCGAGGGAGAGAAGAACCGAGGAGGAGCGGGGCGGGAAAGGGCCAAACGAACAAGGGCAACGAAAGCGGGCAAGGGCGGAGGGACGAGGGGCAACGCGAGGGAGGCCGCGAGCCGGAGAGGACAGGGAAGGGACAGAAAGGGCGAGAACAGAGGGCGCGGAGGCGGAGGAACAGCGACGCGAGGGGGAAGGGGGAGGCGGGGCGAACGAGGGAAGAACGAGCGGGGGAGCCCCAGAAGGGGGCAGGGGAGGCGCCGACCGAGGAGCGGGAGAGACCAAGAAAGAGGGACGGGCGAAGGAGGCGACGAGGAAAGAGGACGCAGGGGGGGGGCAAGCGCGGCGAGGCGGGGGCAGGGGGCGCGGGGCGAGAGGGGGCAGCCGGGGGAGAGAGGGAGCGGCAAGAAAGAGGAAACGGGCGGAGCAAGACACAAAGGGAGAACGCCCCAGGAAGGGCAAGGGCGCGCAGAGGCAGGACCGGAGGAAGGGGGGCAAGCGGGCCCCAGCCCCGGCGCAGCAAGGGACGCCGGACGGAGACGAAGGAGGGCGGGGCGGGCGAGAAAGGCCGACCGCGCGAGCGAGCGCGGAGAGGGGGGAGGGGCAAAACGCCAGGGACAGGCAGAAGAGAAAGGCGAGCCCCACGCGGACCAAGACAGAACGGGGACGGGGCAAAGAACAAGGAAGGGGAAGCAGGGGCAGGAACGACGAAGCGCGGAGGAGAAACAGAGCCAGGGGCAAGGGCGGGAGGACGGGGAGGGCCGACAAAGGAGCGGACGAAGGACGGAGACAAGACGGGAAGGCGCGAGGGAGAGGCGACAGAGGGGGGCGCAGCCGGCAGAGACGACGAGGGGAAGAAGAGCAGCCGGCGACAAAAGGAGCACCCGAAGAGGAGCAGCGCGGGGCGAGGGAGAACGAAGGAAAGCAGAGGGGGCGAGGCGCAAGCGGGCGGACGGGCGCCGACGAAACCAAGGGCGAAAAGAGGGCAAAAAGCAGGCAGGCACAACCACGGAGGAAGGAGGCCGCGAAAAGGAAGGAGGAGGAAGCCGGGGGAGAAAGCGAAGGGAGGCGGGCGGAGACAGACGCGAGGAAGGGAAGCAAAAAAGAAAGAAAAGGGGGCGGCGGGCGGGAGCACGGAGGAGCCGGGGGAGAGGAAAGGCGCAGGCACGGGGGGAAGGAGAGAAAGAAGGGAGGAAGCCGCGGGGCGACGCGGACGCGCCCACGCCAGGCGGGGCGGGGCGGCGGGGACGGCGAAAGGAGCGGCGGCAGCGGCAGCCACGCGAAGGGGCGAGAGGCCGGGGAGGCGCAGCAAACGAAGGGCAGCGGCGGCGGGAAAGCCGAGCGAGGCGGAGCAGGAGAGGGGGAAAGCGCAGGGCGAGGACGCAAACAAGCAGGAAACGGAGGCGGGCAGAGGCGGCCAGAGGCCAAAGCGGAGAGGGAAGGAGGGAAGAAGGGGGGAGAC